UUCUAUAUUAUUGUCUAUUGAAAGUUAAUGUUUCGUGUUGUUACAAUUUACAAAAUAAAAAAUUAACUCUUAAUUUAUUUAAUAGAAAAAUAUGAUUAUAAAAUAAGUAUAACAAAUAAUAAAUAAAUACUACAAUUAAACGCUAGUAGACUUAAGAAGUCCAAUAUUUUCGUUUGUGAAGGUUAAUCUGUACAGCUAUCAACAUAACACCAGUCCUGGAAACCUCAUCCCCAAAAAUGCCAGCAGUUACUUCCACAACUGCUGAAGAACAAAAUGAGGCGGAACAAAAAAUGUGGAAUGCUCUCAAGCGAUACAUUAUACGUGAAAGACAGAGAAAAAAAGAAGAAUAUGAGGCUGAGGUGGAAGAAGAAAGAUUACGCAAAGAACGUGAAGCCAGGGAAAGGCAGGAUGUUAUGACUUUGGAGGAAACAAAAGAGCAGAUAGAACAAUUAGAGCAAAAGCUGAAACAGUUGGAAAAAGAGAAACAACAACUGUUCAUGCAAUUGAAAAGGGUGUUAAAUGAAGAUGAGGUUAGAAAGAGACAGCAACAAAAGGAGGCUAAUGAAAUGCAACCAAUGAAAAUGCCUCUAGGUAAUAUACAAAUGCCAAUGUUUCCGAUGCCAUCAUCGCAGCAGGGUCAAGGGGAACCCCCUCCGAGCCAGGGACGCCCCUCACAUCUUAAUUCACAUAAUAUGCUUAAUAAGAAAAACUACUCAAAGUACAAAUUGUUUCCACAACAGCAAACUAUUGUCCGUGCCCCUAUACAGUCGGGGGUGAAGCGGCAAAGGAGCCCAUCGCCGACAUACGCUUUGUAUGCACAUCGGUUGCACCAACCGUCUAUGAAACAGCAUGCCGUGUAUUCGGAUCAUAAAGUAGAGGAUGGCCGAAUGGGCCGACAAAUGGCUCGAGCUGUACUCUGGAACAAAACGUCGCAAUACGCGUCGAACGUGAGCGCAUCGUCAGGCGCGUACUACGCGAUGCCGACGUCGGGCGUGGUGGGCGUGGUCGCGGAGCGGCCGCCGCCGCUGCUGUACGCGCACCACGCGCACACGCCGCACACGCCUCACACGCCGCACACGCCGCACACGCCGCACCACACCAACCUGAUGUACGCGCCGGCGCCGCAGCCCCAGCUCUACUUGGAUAUGCUGAAGAACAGAGAGGGACAGCAGCACAAUGAGCAGAAGAAGGAGUCGCAGGCACCACAAGUACUGAUUGGUUUGAGCGAGGCUCACCAUCCAGCGGUGAGCAGUGGCGUGGUGUACGCUCAGCCGCCGGCCUCGAGACACAUCUCCAUACAUCCACCACAGCAUAAUAACAUACAGACAGCGAAACCGGGUAGUAUAACGCAAGGUUACCCAGUGCAACAGUCGAACCCCAAUGUGCAGAACCCCAACAUAUACCCCAACAGACACCGUUAUUAGCUAGUAAUUCUGAAGCAACACGCAAAUAAACAAAUACCAUAGAACUAUUCGAAGAAAAACUAAAAAAUAGUUCACAUAAUAUCUUAGUAUUGGAGUAAAUGGUAUAUAUAACCAGUGUUUGUUUGUGCAGUGUUGUGAGAAUAUGACGAUGAAAUAAACUAUAUUGUUUGUAUAAGGAAAAUGUUUUCGUUUCGAAUUGUGUUGUUUUUGAUCUAUUCGUAUCAGCAUCGAACAAAAUUACAGGUGCUAUAUAUUUUUCAAUUUUGUCGUGUAAAUAUGUAUGCAGAUUUCGAAAUCCAGAAUAUUUUUUAUUGUAAGUUAUCUCUAGGCUAUGUUAUUUAAAUCUUUUGUAAUAUAAUUCCUUGACCCUGUUAUUAUUCUUAAUCUCAUACUUUAAUGAAAUACAAAUGUAUUGUAGGAUAUGUGUAAGCUUUUGUGAGCUCGCGGUGGCAGAAAUAUAUUGUUUUAUAGAAA